GUCAAAGAGUAUUGGUCGUUUCGAGAUAAAGCUUACGUUGCAAAUAAUGGCGGCUGCUUGUAAUAUUUUAAAUUUGCCGGUGGAAGUGCUUGCCUUAAUUUUUAAGGAUCUGUUUAAUAUCAAGGAUAAACUUAAUUUGGCCGAAGCCCAUCCAGUUCUGGGAAAGGCUUUUGCAUUCCAAGCUGGGAACACUUACAAGAAAAUAGAUUUCGAGCAACGCCCAGCUAUCGAGUGGUCAAAAAUUUUGUCGUUCUGUGGAUCCUCCGUUUCUAGAAUCUCAAGCACUACGGUGGGACAAACAGUGGUUGUGACCAAAUUGGCUUCGAUGUUCUGUCCCAAUCUGGAGGAGUUUUUCAUUCCCGUCCGCAGCCAUUUUUGGAAUCAUAUUUCUCCACUUCUGUCGACCUUGCAAAAUCUAAAAUGGGUCGGAUUCAGUAACAAUUUUGAUAGAGUAAAUGUGGUCGACACUAUGCUGAAGUUGCCCAAACUAAAUAACUUGCAAUUGGUUAAGUUCAACCGUCAAGAUAUGGAAAGACUUAAGGAACUUGUAAACCUGGAGAACCUGUCCAUAUUCAAUAACAAAAAGACGGAGCCAGUUGAUAUUUAUAAAGUUUGUUCAUCCAUGAAAAAUAUGGAUUCGUUGGUGAUACAUUACGGCGACAUCCGAAUUCCCAAUAAUCUUGACCAAGACCAGUUGUGGCCCAAGAUAGAAUUACUGAGAAUUGGUUACGGUAUCUUCUACUCGCCAUUGCCUUAUUUGCCGACUCUGAAAUUCUUGACUAUAGAUAACACUAUUUUCCGUUUUAAACUCAAUCAAAUACUUGGGAAUACAGUAACCAAGUACGGUGCAACCUUGGAGUCUCUGCGUUUUUGUCCAGAAACCCUUCGAUGUAUCGACUGGAAUGAGGCCGAAACCAUAUCUAAGUUGAAGGCCCUGAAGAGGCUUGAGUGUCAGUUGAAAAGCGAUUUAUACAUCGAUCCGUUUAUCACUCGGUUGCAGCAACUGGAGGACCUUAGCCUGCAAAACUCCUCCAACAUCACCAAUUGCGGCAUCCUCCUGUUGCUGAACCGUUGCGAGAAGCUGCGUCGACUUGAUAUCUUUGGUUGCCGCCUGAUCAACAGGACUUUGGUAAUGCCGGCUGUCGCCAUUCUAUCGAAGAAUGGCGUUCAGCCACAUAAUCCCUUAGUAAUCAAAGUCGGUUCUGAAUUCGGAGCUGUGAGCGAUAACUUGACUGGCGAUGUGCUGCGCAUUGAAGGACACAACUCUUUUCAAUUUUUCGAUCUUUUGGCUCAAUUGUUUUAAAAGUGUU